CAUAGUGGUUAUUUUCGAUUUUAUUGUUAAGUCGGAGCCUUGGUAACUCUAUCAGGGAGUUGUGCUCGUGUAUUCGUAAUUCAUGUCUUGAAAAGUUUAUAUUGUGAUUUUAUAAAAACUUCCACAGAAUCGUUUAUAAAUUAUCAUUUUCCAAUGAGCAAUGACUGCUUACAAGAUAAGGCUUCAGUUUCCUGUCUCACGGUUUCGUCUAGGAUGUGUAAAACAAUGGCAUAUUUGUCACGCCGGCCUAACCACUGAAGAAAAAUCUGCGGAAACACCAUCAAAUAUCAAAACCCGGUUGCAACAAAGGGUUCAGAAACUAUUUCCAACAUUAAACGAUAAUUUAGCAUACGUGCAUGUGGAACGGGAUGGAGAUAUUGAAAAGACGCACUAUGAACUUUUUGUCAGGCGUAUUUUGGCCAAUGUUGAGGAAGUUACUCAUAUGGAUGAAGUUCGCAAGGCUCAGCAGAAUGUAAGGCAAGUAAAGAAAACUUUGCUUGAGAAAGCCAACCAGAAACGUUCUCUGAUGAAGGAAUUGGAUAGUGUUAGAAAUGAUCUGAGUCAUAUCUACAGGGAUAUGAAGACUACAAAUAACCGCUCGCAUGAUAAAUAUUUAGAUUUAACCCGCCAAGAAAUUGAACUGUGCAUGAAAGAAAAAAAUUUAUUAGAAUCUAUAACUAAAGUUGAUAAUGAGGAGCAGCAUUUAUUGAAUUAUGAAUUAACAGCUGCUAUAAAUGAAUCCUAUGAGAAGGAAAAAAUGCACGCUCAUUUCAUUAAAGUGUUAGGUUUACUGGGUGUCAUUUUGUCAUCCUUUUUGACGUUUUUGGCUGCUUUCGCAAGUCACAUAUACCAACAAAGGCGCUUCUAUGCCUUACGCGAAGAGAUGGAGUCAUCAUUGGUAAACAAGCUAACAGAACCUAUGAAGACAGUUAAGGAAAUGAUAGAGAAUUUAAAUGGGGCAAACAAAGAAAAAGAAUCGUGGGGUUCAUAUUUAAAGCGUCAUACGCGUUGGACUUACAGUUGGGCGUUUAAAUCCUCAUGAACUUUUACGAAUAAGUAGGGCGAGUAUUAAAAAAGUUCGCAUUUCG